UACAAUCUUCCUAGAAAUCUGGGUCGAUUGAGGUGAUCUUAUACUAUAUAAUGCACCUGCAUGUUUAAUGGCAGUUCCACACUCUCUCUCUCAUAGCCUCCUGCAGUUGGCGACGGUUUCAAUCUAUGAUGCACACGUUCUCCGCUACAUUUGCCGUUUUCUUCUCCCCAACCACCCUAGGCCACCCAUUAUAAACCCUCACCCACAUUGCCAAGACACGACAUUUUCUUUUUUUUUCUCUGUAUUCGCGAAUCAUCCUUUAUCACCCUAGACACAAAUUCGAUGAAUCACCUCAGUAAUCGAUGCAACAGAUUCCAUGUAAGCUUCUCAACUAAUUUACUUCCUCUUCUUCUAGACCUAAGUUAAGAAAAGGCGACAAACCAGGGUUCGCAGUCUCCAUUCAUCUUCAUCUUCCUCUUCCUCUAAAUUGUUCCAACUUUCAUCGUUUGUUUGCCGUCAUCUUUUCAGAAUGCAAGUUACUUUUGGAGUUUAAUUUGGCUUGUCACCAUUAAAUUUGAAGACUAUAAAAGAAGGGGAAGUUUUCGUAGAAAACCAAAUGAAUGGAUGAGGGCUGCUGUAAAGAUCAUAAUCAGUAUUGAUUUUGGGUUCUCCAUUGGAGUAUCAUUUAAGGAUAUUUCACCACCAAAGCUUAAACUCGUACCCUCAAUUGAUACAUACAUUGGUGACAAAAAUUCGGGGUGUUCUACACAAACAAUCUUAAAUGUGAUCUCUGUCUCAAGGGACAAUGUCUCAACCAAAGCUGAAAAACUUGGUGAUCAAUCACAGAUUUUCGUCUCAACUAACCCUCGCGGUGCAGAAAGAUUACCUCCAGCUAUAAUUGCUUCUGAAACAGACUUAUAUCCUAGAAGAUUAUAUGGUAGACCUAGUGAGGACCUAACAUUCAAACCAAAGUAUCUUGUAGCUUUCACUAUUGGUUGUGAUCAGAAAGAUAACAUUGACCAAGCAGUCAAAAAGUUUUCAAACAACUUCACUAUCCUUCUGUUCCACUAUGAUGGCCAAACAAACGAAUGGAAUGAAUUUGAGUGGUCAAAAAGAGCCAUUCACAUAAGUGUUCCAAAGCAAACAAAAUGGUGGUAUGCUAAAAGAUUCUUGCAUCCGUAUAUUGUUGCACCGUAUGACUUCAUAUUUAUAUGGGAUGAAGAUCUUGGAGUUGAGAAUUUUGAUGCUGAAGAAUACAUCAAACUUGUGAAGAAGUACAAAUUGGAGAUAUCAUAGCCCUGCUUGGAUUUAAAAAGUGAGGGUUUGACAUGGGAUAUGACCCAGAGACAAGAAGAACUUGAAGUUCACAAGUAAGUCAACACUUUGACCUUAUGUUUAGUUGUUCAACAUCAAACCUUAAUCUAUGUAUUUUAAUUAGAGCCGGCAAUCACAACCCAAACCAUCAUUUUCGGGUAGGUUUGGGUUAUUUUUUUUCUACCUUCGGGUUCAUUUGGGUAUAGCAAAAGUAAAGGACGGGUCAACCUGGACAUCCAACAAUUUCUUGAUUUGAAAAAGCGGGUCAAAAUGGGUUUUUAGCAUGUGACCAACGGGUCAGAACGGGUCAUAGCAGUUAAUGAACAACGCAGUUAAUGAACAACGGGUUCUUCAUCAUCUAUAUUGAAGACUAGUGAGUUAAACAUGCUAUACCACGUGUAUACUAAGCCUCCUUCAUCUACGCCUUAGUCGUCACCCGCAGCCUUUAUCUACCGCUGUCGUCCAUUUGCCACCGUCCAUCACCUUCGUUCACCGCCGUCGUCCAUCACCAUCGUCCACCGCCUUUAAUUUUGAUGAGGCAAAAAAGUCACAAAAUCGAUUCUCACAUUUUUUUGAACGAA